AUGGACAAGACACUUUCCACUUUUCAUGCCUCGAAUGUGGUCUUGCAACAACACUAUAGAGAAAAAGGGUUCAAGAAAUAUUCUGAACUAAGUUCUCACCUCCUUAUGGCUGAACAAAAUAAUAAUUUGUUAAUGAAAAAUCACGAGCUUCGACCUGCUGGAUCUACACCAUUUCCUGAAGUGAAUGAGGUGUACGCCCACUAUGCUAGGCAUGGAAGGGGUCACAGAUCUGGUCGAGGACGUGGACGUGGGCGUGGCCGAGGACAAGGACGAGACUAUGGUCAAGAAAGAAACCAUGUUCCUGGCGUUAAUCACUCACCAAAUAAAUGGUUCCAUCAAAAUGAACAAAGAAGAAGUGACAAACAUGAAACAGGUAAAACAUGUGUUUGUUUUAAAUGUGGAGCAAAAGGACACUAUCAACGUGGCUGUCGUACUCCCAAACAUUUGGUUGAGCUUUAUCAAGCAUCACUAAAGAAAAAGGGGAAAAGCCCUGAAGCUAAUUUUGUCUCGAAAAAUCAUGUUGACAUUGCUCACUUAGAUGUAGCAGAUUUCUUCGAGAAUCCUGAGGGAAAGAUAGAUCACCUGAUUGGUGAUGGUUCUGUGGCUACGGAAGAAUGA